AGUCUAAUCGAACUUCUGAGAAAUCAUUGUAACGCGGAACAUUGUUUGUCUCUGUAUCAAUUAUAUGAAAUAAUAGUAGCUUUUGGAACAAAAAUAUCGUACGAAUUUGUUAAAAAGAAUAAAAGUGUAAUCCCGUCGAUGGGGUUAAUGGCCAUCCUAGAUAUGACGUAGAGGUUAUGUCGAUAUUCCCUAUUGGCUGGCUAAUGUCUCGUAGAAAGUCACGUUUACGUGUCAAUUAUUAUCAUACGCUAUUAAGAGGGGGCAAUUAAGGCCACUGGAUAAGACAUAUAUCUUCUUUACUCUCAUCCUGGACUCCCCUUGGAUUCUCUACCAAUUUGUAAUACGAUCGUUCGAGUUAUAGGCAGCUUUUUAGGAGUGCCAUAGGGAUCGACAGGAACGUUUUAAGAAAUACGUUAAGCUCUGCUAACUUACGUCUAAUCCGUAUUUCAUCGUUUUCGAAGACGACACAAGCUUUUUACGAUCGAGGACCAAGGAACAAGAUAAAAUCAACAACAAUGACAAAAUUGCAAUAUCCAGUUGUUCGUCGCGACGAAACUAUCGUUGAAAAUUAUCACGGUGUUGAGAUAUCCGAUCCAUACAGAUGGUUAGAAGAUCCAAAUUCACAAGAAACAGAAUCUUUUAUCGAAACGCAAAAUGCAUUAACCAAACCGUAUUUAGCUUCGUGCAAAUGGCGUCAGGAUAUUCACGAUAGAUUAAAACAAUUAUGGGAUUUUCCUAAAUAUAUGUGUCCUGCCAAACAUGGAAAUAAAUAUUACUUUUACAAGAAUACCGGCUUGCAAAAUCAAAGCGUAUUAUACGUACAAGAUACCUUGGAUAGCGAACCUCAAGUAUUUCUCGAUCCAAAUACUCUUUCCGAGGAUGGCACUGUUGCAAUAUCAUUUAGCAAAUUUAGCGAAGAUGGUAGCAUCUUUGCAUAUGGAUUAUCCAGUAGCGGUUCAGAUUGGAACACGAUACAUUUUAUCAAUGCAAAUACUGGCGAAAAAUAUCCUGAGGUAUUGGAAAGAGUAAAAUUUUCACCUUUGACUUGGACUCAUGAUAAUGUGGGUAUCUUUUAUGGACACUAUCGCGAUCAAAAAGGAAAAGUUGAUGGAUUAGAGACACAAGACGAUCAGAAUCAAAAACUGUGCUAUCAUCGUGUAGGUACACCACAGUCGGAGGAUGUGGUUGUUAUAGAAUUUCCAGAAGAACCAUUGUGGAGGAUAGGAGCACAAGUUUCUGAUUGUGGAAAGUGGUUAAUUGUUACACCAUUGAAAGAUUGUCGCGAUAAUCUAGUGUACUUCACAGAAUUAAAACCUGACUCUAAAAUAGAUGGUUUAUUGCCACUGACGCAAGUCGUUGAUAAACUCGAAGCCGAUUAUGAAUACGUCACGAAUGUUGGUACCAAAGCUAUAUUUCGUACGAACAAGAAUGCCUCAAACUUUAAAUUAAUAGCAAUAGAUUUGCUAGAUUAUAAAGAAGAUAAAUGGACUGAAUUGUUACCUGAACAUCCUGAUAACGUUUUGGACUGGGCUACUGCAGUCGAUGGGGAUAAGUUUGUUGCCUGUUACAUACAAGAUGUUAAAAAUAUUUUGCAAUUGCAUAGUUUAACAACUGGUAAAGUACUGAGAACGUUCCCACUAGACGUUGGUACGAUCGUUGGUUUUUCUGGAGAUAAAAAGUAUUCCGAAAUAUUUUAUCAAUUCACAUCCUUUUUAACGCCUGGAAUCAUAUACAUAACUGAUCUUAAAAAUGACGAUGAACCAAAAGUAUAUCGUGAAAUCAAAGUAAAAAAUUUUAAUCCGUGUUUGUACAAAACGUCACAGGUAUUUUAUACUAGUAAAGAUGGUACUCAAAUUCCUAUGUUUAUCGUUAUGAAAAGUGAUGCAGUUUUGGAUAAUUCUAUGCCAGCUUUACUUUAUGGAUAUGGUGGUUUCAAUGUUAGUAUCCAACCGGUAUUUAGCGUAACAAGGCUUGUCUUUGUCCAACAUUUAAAUGGUGUUCUUGCUAUUCCAAAUAUUCGCGGUGGAGGAGAAUAUGGAGAAAAAUGGCACAAUGGUGGUCGACUAUUUAAUAAGCAAAACGUAUUCGAUGAUUUUCAAUGUGCAGCAGAAUAUCUUAUAGACAAUGGCUAUACUACAUCUAGUAAAUUAACUAUUCAAGGAGGAAGUAAUGGUGGAUUGUUGGUAGCUGCUUGUAUAAAUCAGCGACCGAGUUUAUUUGGUGCUGCUAUCGCGCAAGUCGGUGUGAUGGAUAUGUUACGCUUUCAUAAGUUUACGAUCGGUUCUGCUUGGGUCUCCGAUUACGGAAGUUCAGAAGAACCGAAGCAUUUUCAAAAUUUAAUUAAAUAUUCACCGUUACACAAUGUUAAGAUACCAAAAGAUGGUUCUCAAUAUCCAGCUACAUUGCUUUUAACAGCCGAUCACGAUGAUCGUGUUGUCCCGUUACAUAGUCUUAAGCUCAUAGCCACUUUACAAUAUACGCUUGGAAAUGUACCAAAUCAAACAAAUCCACUACUCGCAAGAAUAGAUACUAAGGCUGGCCAUGGCGGUGGAAAACCAACCACUAAAGUUAUCGAGGAGAACACAGACAUUUUAUCGUUCAUCGUCCAAGCUUUGAAUUUAGAAUUCAAGCUAUAACGUAUGUAAAUGUUAUAUAUUACUGUUUGUACAACUUCUAAAAUUAUUACGGGGGUUCAGGUAUUAUUAUUUGUGAUAUAAUAUAAUCGUCGUCGAAAAAAAAAACAAUUUAUUUGCAUAAAUGUUUAUGAAAGAUAAAUGCAUAAUACGCGUGUUUCACAUACUUCUUCUUUUUCUAUUUUUCUUUUGUUUUCCUUUUUUCUUUUUUUGUUCAUUUUUACUUUUCUUGUUAAUAAAUUAUUAGAAAUUAUUUCACGCAUAUGAAACGCUAUCGUACGGACAACUAUAGUUGAUAUUCGAAGAAAAAUAAUCGCUUCAUAUAUACAUAUAUAUAUAUUAUAAAUAAGUAUAAUUUUGUGUAUAUAUGUAUAAUGAGAUUUUUCUUCGUAUGGCUAAAUCAUAAUUAACGCAUACAAUGCAAUCUAUGAAUAAUAAUAAUACUAAAACUUCGCCCGUUUUUUUUUAUAUAUAUAUAUAUAUUUUUUUCUUUUUCUUUUUUUUUUUAAUUUUAUUUUAGGAAUGUAUUGUUGGCGUUGUAAUCAUCGUCGUGUAACGUGUCGUUUUUAAUAUAU